GACGUUUGUGCCCCGCCCCUCUCGCGACACGUUGCCCAGGGAGAGGCUGCACGGGCUGGAUGGGACGACCGCCCGCCCGCCUGCCUGCGUCUGCUGCUUUCAUGGUUUCGCUCCAUCAUCAGUCAGCUCUGUUCCGUCAGCGCGUCCGCACACACGGCUGCUGCAUGUCCUCAACUCACCGAGCCGGACGGGGGAAACGCACGGUUCACUUCUGGUCCGUGAUGCUCUCUGCUGGCUGAGAGUCCAGCUCCAUCAUGUCGACUUCAGACUCGGAUUACUCCAUUGACUGGCUCGCCAGCGAUGAGGACGACUACGACAGCCCAAAGAGAUUAAGUCCUCAGUGCGCAGAGGAGCUGCCAGUACCUCCAUCAUCAUUAUUAUCAUCAUCAUUAUCAUCAUCAUCAACCACAUCAUCAAAGGAAUCUCCUACAAGCUGCUUCCAGUCUGGGGUGACCCAGAGGAGGCGGAGUCACUGCUGUGACUUUAAAGAUGGAGGCGUUGACUCUCCCACCGCCCGGAAGACCCUAGCAGUGAGUCCAGUUCAGGGAUUUACCUCCGUUUGUUGGCAGCAGAAACUUUCUGUGGAGUCACAGCAUCAUUCAACCAGGAAGAGAGCACACGGAGCCGGUUCGGGUGGACUCUGUGAAAAGCCUCAACCAGACACUGAAAAUGAACUAUUCUGGCACAAGUGCACGGAGCUGCAGUGCUACAUCCAGCCGCUGUCGUCCAUCCUGCAGGGCCUGAGAUCAGGCAGGUACUCUGAACGUCUCAGCAGUUUCCAAGAGAGCGUCGCUAUGGAUCGUAUCCAGAGAAUAUUGGGGGUCCUUCAGAAUCCAAACAUGGGUGGACGCUUCCUCAGCAUUAUACUGAAAAUAGAAGAAAUGCUUCAGAGUUGGUUCCCUCAUAUCAAACCAAGCCUGCUCCACACAGACGACAGCACUCCGCCGAAGAAGCAAAAGCAGCAUCAUAGCAGUGCCUCCCCUCCCUCCUCUCCAGCGUCUCUCCGCAUCUCAGACGUGGACCCGACAGCCUUGUACUCCUCCACUCACCUCAAGUGGCUUCACACGUCGCCCAUAUGUUCCCUGAAAACUCUCGAAUCGACGCUCGGCCAGCCCGCCGCCUCUGCCUCCCCCUUGCCCGCUCGCUGCAGCAACGAAGCGACCCAAGACAACGCCGUCUCCUCCAGCACCGACUCGCACACGGAGCCCCCGCGCCGCCUCAGCGCUAACCCUCGUCUGAGCCGGGGGCCGCUGCCCUUCAAGAUCAGCUCGCCUUGUCUGGAAAGACUCCUGCAGGCGAAGGACAGCAUCAUCGCUCCCAGGGCCGUGGGAGACGGAGGCUGGCCGUCGUAGCCGCCCACAGAGGACAGUUGAUCUGGGGACGGGAUCUCAUCUUUCAGGCCCAACAUGGCUUCCACAACGCCCGAAGAUACUAAAAGGCCUUAAAAAAAAGCAUGUUUCAAAGUCUUCUAAGUCUUCUUUUGAAUCUGCAGCUCAGUUGUUCGAGGUCAGAGUGUGACACAAAAAUACAGGACAGGUUCUGGGUUAAAAUGACAGCACAGAUUUGACUGUUGUUUCAGUCACAGAUGACUCGACAGUGGUCAUGUGUGAGAGGAAUCGAGGACCUCUGGGUUGUUUGAGUUGGACGGAUUUCAUCUUUUAAUGAGUCCAAAGGUUAAAACAAUGUUGGCAGAGGGGGGUGGGGUGGGGGGGGGGCGGCGUUGCUGAGACAUUUUCCCUCAAAACAAGACUGACUGAGCAAAAGAGGCAGAAAUCAUGAGCAGAGUUCCUCUGAACACACGGACACGAUCGUAUUUAUGGACCUAAAUAUGAAUGAAUGCACAUUACAUUAGGUUUAAUGGAGACCUCUGGUUUUCAUACCUGAAUACUUUGACUGUUACUUUGUUUGAUCUGCUUCUCUUUAGGUUUUUAAUGAUUCCUCUACCUCAUGCUGACACCACAGUUUGACCACAUCAGAGACGAGCUGCUGUCGGGUAGAAACAUCUCAAACUUUUAACAACCUUUGUUCAACAGUAGAUUCAGGGAGGAAACUGUUUUUCCAAUACUGAAAUUUGCCACAGUUUGUCAGUUUUUAAUUACAAUUAGCUUAAAAUCAUCGAUUUAAACAGCAGCACAUGAUAUAACACCCACUGAGAGUUGAUUAAGAUAAUACUGAAUUGUUGCCCAGCUCUUUCUCACCUCACGGGAAGUUGGACGGUCGUGGUUUGUUUUCUUCUUUUACACGCUGCAUGUGUGAGGUUCAGGCUGGUUGACCUUCGUGAAGACCUUCUAAUAUAUUUGGUCACCAGUUGUGACUGUCUGUAAACUGUUUGAUUUAAACACUGCUGUGACACAGAACGAUCCCAGAGGAAAACUCAGAAACCAGACUUGAAACCAUUUAAAAGACAGGUUUGGAUUUUUUCAAGUUUAUCUUGUUACAAUAUUUAAUUAUCGGUUGCUGUCAGCUUUAAUUUCUCUCCAUACUGGCCUGACGCUAAUGAGUCAUCAUGUUGAUACCUUUGGAAGUUUACUGCUGAUGUUUGGUUCAGACAAAAAACUUGCAUAGUCUGAGGAAACAGAAAUAGGGAAUUUAAAUACUGUAACUGUGGAAGAAAUGCACUCUGUUGGACAAACUCAGACUUAUGAAGCCAGCUGUAAAAACAUCUUUGUGAAGACCGAGAUUUCGUCCCUUAUUUCUUCAAGCAGUAGAAAUGGGUUCACACCCUGUAUGGAAAGUAGGAAUAACUAGUGACAAAGGCCUUUUUUCUUUUGAAAUCUGACCUGAUCAUUGAAAUGUGAGAAAAAUUUAAUAUCUGUGAAUUGCAAAUCUCCAGUGUGAGAGCAGCAGGUUGGUCCUUGCACUCCUCUGGGAGGGAUUCAUAAGAGCGGGAAACGAGUCCGUUGACCUUUUAGUUGCAAUAUGCAAAAAUGGCAACGGAUAAUCAGAAACCAUCUAAGAAGUAACGUAUUAUUUUUAAAGUAUUUUGGAUUUGCCACCGCAGAUGAAAAAAAUUGUGGAUAAACGGGAGGCUUUUUGUUGCCUGUGAUGACGCAGCAACAACAACAACAACAAAUCCCAGUCACCUGUUUGCACAUCACUGAAGUGAGGUACUGAAUUGAACAGAACCAAUGCAAUUUUACAAAGUAGUUUAGAAUCAAGUGUUAAUGUGGGUUGUGAAUUAAUCAAAGACUCGCAUUAUAAAACUCUUCGACGGAGGAGGAGUUUCAGCCGCGUUGUUCAGACGUCUUGUGAAACACUUCUACUGUAACAAACCCAGCUGUGACUGUGUGCAUGGGUGACCUACACUCAACGCUGUACCUGAACGCAUCCUGUGCAGACAGACUGAGGACUGAAGCUGCUGCUCUCACUGCUCAGCCUGUGCAGACACUGUGUUAGGUCUGAUGUGUGACAACGACCAAUCAGUCAACGUGUGUGGCGUGCGUGUAAAAAUCCAAACCUGUCCGUUAACCAACACGAUCAGAGAGCAUGAACACAGUGCUUAAACAUGUCGGGAGGUUUUUUCCUUCAUGUAUAUAGUUUUGUUUUUUUCACAGUUUAUUUACUCCCCUGAAAGAUGGCCUUUGUGAUAUUUUGUACUUCUGAAAUAAAUGUGACGUCUGCUUUCUGAAAGAAAACAU